GAACGAGAGAGGCUGCUUUUGUCUACGCCCUCUCCGCCGCGACCAUCAGCCACACCAUAGCGCGGGCGUGCACUUCUGGAGAUCUGCGCCUCUGCUCGUGCGGUCCCAUCCCAGCGGAGAUCCCCGAGCCUGGCUAUCGCUGGGGAGGCUGUGGCGACAACCUGCACUACGGAUUGCUCAUGGGCUCCAAAUUCUCUGAUGCUCCCAUGAAGAUGAAGCGCCCGGGCUCACAUGCCAACAAACUAAUGCACCUGCACAACAGUGAGGUCGGCAGACAGGUUCUGAGAGAAGCUCUGGUGAUGAAAUGUAAAUGUCAUGGUGUGUCCGGCUCCUGCUCCAUAAGAACCUGCUGGAGAGGCCUGCAGGACCUGAGGGAAAUCGCCAUGGACCUGAAGACCAAGUACCUGUCUGCCACCAAAGUGGUCCACAGGCCGACGGGAACACGCAAGCAGCUGGUACCUAAAGAUAUCGACAUCAGGCCGGUGAGGGAGAACGAGCUGGUCUACCUGCAGAGCUCCCCGGACUUCUGCAGCAAAAAUGAAAAGCAAGGCUCUGUCGGCACACAGGACAGGCAGUGCAACAAAACGUCCCUCGGCAGUGACAGCUGUGACCUGAUGUGUUGCGGCCGUGGCUACAACCCGUACAGCGAGAAGCUGGUGGAGCGCUGCCACUGCAAGUAUCACUGGUGCUGCUACGUGACCUGCAAGAAGUGCGAGCGGAUCGUGGAGCGAUACGUCUGUAAAUGAUUCCGCUGACGGCCACACCAUCAGUCCUCUGCAUGUAGUCAGCCACCCGGGGGCAAGCAGAUUAACCAAAGCACUACCAAUUCCGAGAAGGCUCGAUCUGGCCUUCAGCUUUAGCAUGUGUAUCUCAACGAACAAGUCGUCUAUUCUUGUCAGUAUCAUUUUUGUAUUGAAUGUCCGAGCUGCCAAUCGGGCUUCUAAACCUUUUCGCGUCACAAACCUGGAUGUGGAGAGUGUGGCAACAGAGUCAGUGGGCUUGCGUGAAGACCGCCGUCCUCUUGGGUUCUUUUUCUUUAGUUUUUCCAUUUUAAUGAUCAUAAAUUCCCAACCAGGGAUAUUGAAAGUCUAUUUUAUUAUAUCUCUAUUAAAAAGAAAUAAUAUUGGAUUUUAUGCUGGAGGAGAGGACUUUGUGUUUUUUCUUCACUCGACCAAGACUAAUGUUUGACUUCAUUCCACGGGAUUCGAACGGUUCUGUUGGAACCAUGUGGUACUUUUUUUUAGGUACUAUUAAAACUUUUUCCGCUGCAGAGAAAUGGACUAUUGAGGAAAAAGAGAACAUAAAGGGAACUUUUCAAUCAUGGACAUUCUUUUAUGGUUGAUGUUUUUGGACUCUCACCGUGGGUCCUGUGUGGGGAUCCUGACUCGCCUGCAUCCCUGUGGAUUUAGAGGGGACUAUUAAAGAACUUUUUGAAAUGAUGCAUUAUCUCCUCCAUGUCUGACUGACGUGCAGUCAGUUCAAAAAUAUAUUCUAUUUUUAGAGCAUAUGAGCUGAACUCAUGGAUUUUGUAAACCACUUCUGUGUGGAUGUACAUACUGUUAUUUUGUAUACUGAAAUAAAGAAAGAAGUAUUUAUAAAAUAA